GCAAAGCUAUAUCGCUCUAUGGCUAUAUCGCAUUUGGCUGCUCUGUUCAGUGCCGCUGAUAGGGCCGUAUCCAUCUCGCCAUCCUUCGGACAUCCAAAGUGGCACUAAACCAGGCGCGGGAGGGAAAGGAGGUGAAAGAGGGGUUUUCGCUUAUCUGACAUUACGCAAGCGGCGACGGGCCCGUCGCGAACACCUGAGACGGCAGACUACGCAUAGUUUCGGAUUCCACGGGCGUGCGGCUGCGACAUCGUGGCAACUGAAUUCAUCGGAACCACGGGUUCGCGGAUGUCGGAUGGCGAAGCCAGUCAAUGUCGCAGCACCAAGGAGAGGCGACAUUUGUUUCUUCACGGAGGGCAGGCACGCCGACGUUGAGUUCCUGGUGGAGCAUGGCUCCGACCCACCCAAGAGCUUCAAGGCCCACAAGAUGGUUCUUGCCAUGCGCAACGAGGUCUUCGAAACCAUGUUCUACGGAAGUCUGCCCGAGAAGAACCAAGUUCGCGUCACCGACUUGCAUCCGGAUGGAUUUUCUGCUUUCCUCAAGUACCUCUACAGCAAGGAAGUCACAUUUGUCAACCUCAUGCAAGCAUUGCACACACUAGCAGCCGCCAAGAAGUACAUGGAGCCGAAGCUCAUGGAAGCCUGCGAAGAGUCCAUUAGAUUUUCGAUGCUUUCAACCAACGUUUGCGUCGUCUUAGAAUACGCCGUAAAGAAAGGCAACCUCGCAAACUUCGACGGACUUAUCAACACGUUCCUGAAUUUGAGCGGUGUUCAAGUCCUGGAGUCGACGGCGUUCAUCACCGCGUCGAAGGAAACCGUCCUCAGAAUACUGAAAAACCCUCGGCUUUGCGUCAAAGAAUACUAUGUUAUCAAGAGUGUCUACGCAUGGGCGAUUGCACGUUGUGGAACAGGAACUGGCAUAGCUUCCCCCGCAGCGAUUCAAUCAACCAUGAGGCCGUUCCUGCCAGAGCUUAGGUUCCUGACGUUGUCUCCUCUGGAGUUCGUCGAAGGUCCAAUUAGGUGGAAUAUCCUGACAGAGUCAGAGGCACUGGCUGUCCUCAGUAACAUGGUAAAACACGGCUCGAAAGAGUGGCCAGUGGGGUUUUCCACUAACAGGCAAGCCAGGACAGAGGUAACCUUAGGCAAUGGUCCAACAGCGGGGGGGUUCGGGAUGUCCUCUAGCCCAAUGGCAGUGCCUGUAGCCAGUGCCACACAACAGUCGACCACCAAUGUUGCUUUCAAUUUUGGUGUCACCCCGGGUUUUCGGCAGUCAAAAGCACCCAGUUUUGAUUUUCGUUUAAGUUAGGUUACGUUACGUUAGGUUAGGUCCACCUGAGCCCUACAAUUUUUUUCCUUCAAUACGAUCCUCAAACUUUGUUGGGAUAUGGAACUCGUCAUAGACCGACGCCCACGGGUAAACGAAUCUUUGGUUUUAUUUUGAAAUAUUUCAUUCAUCAGUUUUCAGUUUUAGCAAUUUAUUAAUUGAAUUAGUUCCAAUACCUCCAACAAAAGGCAAAAUAUAAAUGAAAAAAAAAAGUUUGUGCGUGUGUUCUCCCGGCAGUGUUGCCAGAUGGAAAACAUCAGUCAGUAGAUUGAUCUCCUACAUAUCAGUAGGUCACCCAACAGUCAAUAAAUUCUAAAAAAAAAAACUUUUUGCAUUCCUGACCGCUCUUAAGAGAUAAUAAACAUAAUAAAUAAUAUACUCAGACAUGAAAAUUUGUUGUUUUUUUGCUUGCUGCAUGUUUUUCCUUCUAAUUCGAAUUUUCCAGCGGCCAAGUGCACAUCACAUCCUUUGCAGAAAGCAAAAUGAUUACCUUUAGCACUUUCCCACGCUGUAUUAUACUUUCGUAUAUAAUUUUUCUUUCUUGAGGGGGCCGGAGGGGUGCGACUGCCGCUAUCUGAAGACUCGCCGCUCAUAAUCGUACGUGGACGAAACCAGGCAAGACCAGUCGGUUUUGUAAGUGCGCGCAUACAGGGCUGCGUUGGCUCUUACGGCUUUGGGAGGAUAGCUGAAUAAAUCGAGGGAAACGUAUAAAUAUAGUCUCGUUUUGAAUAAUUCUACAUGCGGUUGCUGGCUAAUAUUGGAGCGCUAUAUAGUUCCUUGAAAGCAGAGUAGCGCAGGGCCGUUUAUGGCGAGAGUUUGGCCAGUGGGUGUGGCAACAAAGCGACGAAGGCGCCGGAGAG